GCAACGCCCAUCAUCCGCUUUUUCCGCAACCGCCAUCAUCAGAUCCUCGUCGUCGCUCUGCAUACAUAUUUUACUUUUCCGUCCGCAACACUCCUAGGCCUCACAUCCCUCGCCGCCCCUCCUUAUAACCAUGUCGACCUCGCUCGCAGGGCUUUCCGCCUCCGUCACCCGCAUCCUCUCCCUCACCGGCUUCCCCAAGGAGCUCAAGACGAAGGACAUCCAGUCCGCUUUCUCUGAGUGGGACAACCAGGCGGGUGGCUUCAAGAUCAAGUGGAAGGAUGAUACAUCCCUCCUCAUCGUCUUUAACGACGCCGCGGUCGCCAAGCGCGCGUAUUUGCACACGCUCGCCUACCCGCCCGCAAUCCUCUCCCCUCCCAACGGCCCGCCCGCGACGAUCCGUCCGUACGACGGCCCCGACGCCCAGACUGUCAUCCAGGCCGUCAACUCUCGCCACAACUCGAACCCCUCUCGCGCCCACAACGCGCGGAGCGCAUCCAUCUCUGUCUUUCCCAACGCGCGCGCCGGCCUCAACCUGAAUGGAAACGGCAAUGGCAACGGCAAGGGGAAGGCUCCCCCAGGCGGCGACCGUGACCGCGAGCCGUCUCCGACGCUCCCUAGCCUCCCCACCCACCCGACCCUCAACGCGCUUAUCAGCGAGGCUGUUGCGAACCAGUCGCAGCAGAACGGCAUCCACGCUGACCCGGCCAUUCUCGCCACCAGCCUCAGCAGCUCGGAAAAUGUGUCCGCCGGGCGCGGACCCAGCAUCGGCGACCCUGGCAAGAGGAUGCUCGGUGCAGCUCUGGGCAUGCGCCACCCCAGCCUUGGUCCGCGCGUCGUAGGCGGUGGGCAAAACGGCAAUGGCCCCGAGCCCAUGGAGCAGAUGCAGCGGGCGAUGGGUGGUCUGGUCGUUGCGGAGUAAUG